CCUGCACCGGAAGUUGUGUUGCUUUUUCGUAAUCUACAGCAUGGAAACCGUGACGGGCGAGCAGUGUGUACUGGCCGGCUUCGGCCAGGCUGUGAUAGGACCCCCUGGUUCAGGAAAAACUACAUACGUGCGAGCUAUGCAGGCCGUGCUCACCGCAAUGGGAAGGAAGGCCUCCAUUAUCAACCUGGACCCAGCCGGGGAGGAGGAACCAGGGGCCGCUGUCAGUCUGCGGGAGCUGCUGGGACUGGAAGAAGUGAUGUCGGAGUUGCACCUGGGACCCAAUGGGGCCCUGCUUUACUGCAUGGAGUAUUUACAGAGUAACCUGGACUGGCUGCUCUCCAGAUUAAAGAGUCUGCAGGGAACAUACUUACUGUUUGAUUGCCCGGGCCAAGUGGAGCUCUACACCCACCAUCCGGCUCUGCCAAGCAUCCUGCGCCGGCUCGGUGAAUGUGGCCUACGGGUGAGAAAACUGUGACUGCUAGCCAGUGUUAGCAUGUCUGAAAGGCUUUAAUGCUGCUCUAUGAUAGAAAUGGUGCUUUCUGAUUGAAAAAUAAAUGUAGGACCUUUUGGAUGGUGAAAUUUAGGUGGUUGGGGAGACAUUCAUGAAUACGAAGUCAACUUCAAAUUCUGAAUAAGAAGUUAACUUCAACAUUAUAUUUUUAGAAUCGAAAUAUAGAACGAAUUGAGCUCUCCAUUAAAACAAAAAUAUAGAACUUUUACAGUCAGUUACUUUACCUAGGUAAAAGGGUCAGUCUAGAAACCAUAAACACUAUAGCUCACUGCAAUGGUUAUGAUGCUAGGGGUCACUUGUCAACAACCAGAUAGGAGUCCGACUUCCAUGAAUCAUCCACCCUCUUUUCAGAUAUCCCUAUAAUAAAGGUUUCUUCUUCAGCAUUAGUUACAUAAAUUCCACACAUUUUUGAGUGGAGAUUAUUGAGAGCUUGUCAAUGAAUUGUGUCCAAAUAGGAAGACGGGAACUUUUUUAACUAAGAACGGGCUGGACCACAAUAGCCUGUUGGAGCCAAGUAAAUGUUAAACCAUUUCAUUUUUAAUAUGUGGUUUGAGACUUAACAGUGGGAUGGCGCCUGAGGACCACUGGCACUAAGAAAUCAGUAAAACACACUAGCUAUGGACCCUUAAAAGUUCAGGCAUUGCCUUAGAAAUAAAGUUUAUGACAAGACAUUGUAGAAAUAAUACCUUAGAACACGCACAAUAUUCUCCCAAUGCUUUCCUACAGGAAAGCAUUGGUUUAGCUGAGAUCUUAAAGAUUGACAAUCUCAGCCAUAAAGGCAGGACAAGCCACAGCAAAGCUGGCAAGGCGUGGGACAGAAGGUGAGUAAAAACACCUCUAUCAUGAUCGUAGGGGAGCAGGUACCUAAACAGAAAGAUACACACUCACUGACAUUUGAAUCCACCCAGCCUCCCUGGGGUCCAGUGGUGCUGCCCGCUUAUCCUGUGUGCGAGUGAGCAGUAAUCUACAUGCAGCUCCUCUCUGCUCCCUGUAGGGAUGCCAGAGCCGGAAUUACAUCAUAAUCAAGCACCCGGCAAUGCUAUACUGCGCGAGGGAGCAGAGAUGAGCUUUACUGCUUCCUCGCUCGCUUCCCCGUGGUGGCUGCUCAGGGCGACCAGCCGGUUCCAUUAUUCCUCUAUCCAGCUAAAGGGCUUCAUAUCACAAUCGAGGGGGGUGGGGGGGGGAAUUAUUAUCAUCUGCUCUGUUAAUAGCCUUCUAGACCUUGCAAGACCCUUAUAUUUGGGACUAAGGAUCAAUUUACAGAGCAGGAGAUAACUUCUAAAGCAAGUUAAAGGACCACCCAGCUCAAUGAAGGUGUCUGGGUGCCAGGUCCAUCUAGGGUUAACACUGCAGCUGUAAACAUAGCAGUUUCAGAAAGCAUUGUCCAUAGGAAAGCAUUUAGAAAUGCUUUCCUAUGGACUGAUUAAAUGCACGCGCAGCUCUUGCCCCACAUGCACAUUCAGUGCUGACGUCGGAAGAGCGCCCAGCGCUGGAGAAAGGUAAGUGAUUAACCCCUUCCUCCACCUUCAGCCUGGUGGGAGGGGGCCCCUGAGGGUUGGGGGGGACCUAAAGACCCUAUAGUGCCAGGAAAACGAGUUUGCUUUCCUGGCACCAUAGUGGUCCUUUAAAGGACCACUCUAGGCACCCAGACCACUUCACCUUAAUGAAGUGGUCUGGGUGCCUGGUCCAGCUAGGGUUAACCCAUUUUUUUUUUUUUAUAAGCAUAGCUGUUUCAGAGAAACUGUUAUGUUUAUCAAUGGGUUAAGCCUUCCCCCAUUCCCUCUAGUGGCUGUCUCAUUGACAGCCACUAGAGGCGCUUGCGUGCUUCUCACUGUGAUUUUCACAGUGAGAGCACGCCAGCGUCCAUAGGAAAGCAUUGAGAAUGCUUUCCUAUGUGACCGGCUGAAUGCGCGCGCAGCUCUUGCCGCGCGUGCGCAUUCAGCCGACGGGGCGGAUCGGAGGAGGCAGAGAGCUCUCCGCCCAGCGCUGGAAAAAAGUUUUAACCCCUUUUCCCCUUUCCAGAGCCGGGCAGGAGGGGGACCCUGAGGGUGGGGGCACCCUCAGGGCACUAUAGUGCCAGGAAAACGAGUAUGUUUUCCUGGCACUAUAGUGGUCCUUUAAUAUCUGAUUGAAAAUGAAACUUUUUCUUUUUCUUGCAGGCUCUUUGAGUCACAGCCAGGGAGGUGUAGCUAGGGCUGAGUGAUGUUUAACCCCUUAAGGACGCUGGACGGAAAUUUUCCGUCAUUGCAGCACUCCCCUUAAGGACGCUGGGCGGAAAAUUUCCGUCCAAAAUGAAAAUUAACCCCUAAUUGCCGCAAUAGUGGGGUUAAUCUUCCUGUAGUGUGGCACAGAGGCACACUACCAUGGGCAGUUUCACCGGAAGUCAGAGCGAUCACACGUGCUGCAGCUCCUUGUGAGCUGUGAACUCUCUCUCCCUGUUUAAAAAAAAAAAAAAAAGUGUUAGCAAUAAAAUCCCACCCCCACUCACCUCUUUCAAAUAAAAUUGAACCCCUUCCCUGCCCUUUGAUCACUACCUGCAGUGAUCAAAAUACAGAUCACAGUAUUUCACUGUGAUCUGAUUUUUUUUUUUUUUUUCUUCUAACCCAGGGGUUAAAUUUAUUUAAUUAAAAAAUUUUAAAAUAUUUAUUUAUUUAGCUAGGGUGGGUAGAAGUUAGUGGGGAAAUUGGGGGAUUUACGGUUAGGCUAGUUAGGGGUUAAUUGUAAAAAAACAAAAUAAGUAAGUAAAAAAAACUUUUGAAAAGUUUAAACAAAGUUUUAAAAUCGUAAAAUAAGUUGUUUAAAAGCUAAAUAAAACUUUUGAAAAGUUAAAAAAAACUUAAAAAGUUUGAAAAUUUUUUUUUUUAAAGCGGGAAAAUGCUCUACACUGGGUACAGGCUAGCGAAAAAAAUUAUACCACGCUAAGGUUUCACAUAUGCCUUUUGAAACACCCUGGGGUGUCUUCUUUAGGAAAUGGUAUGCCUUUGUGAUGUAAUUGGAAAACACAACCUAUUUAAAAAAUUCCAAAGUGGGGCAUGGACCCAGCAUAAAAAUUCUAAUUUAAAUGGCUGUGUCUCAAAUGUGCCCCUUCAACGUUGUCAUAUAUCUGGUAAAGGUACAUACGGGGGUAUUGCUGUACUCAGAUGACAUAGCGGAGCAACAUAUGAUGUAUUAUACUGCUGUAGCACAUAUAAGGUUUGCAAAAUAUAUAUUACAAACUCAUUGAGUAUGUAAAAAAGGCAUAAAAAAUGCUUAUUACCACUACACUUGGUAUAAGCUAGCGGAAAAAUUAUUUCACGCUAAGGUUCAAAACAUGUCUUUUGAAAUAACCUAGGGUGUCUUCUUUAAGAAAUGGUAUGCCUUUAUGGGGUAGCUGGAAUAAUUAACCUACAAAAAAAACUCCAAAGUGGGGUAUGGACACAGUGUAAAAAUGUAAAGUUUGAAAAAACUUAAAUGGCUGUGUCUCAAAUGUGCCCCUUUAAUGUCCGCAUAUACCUGGCAAAGGUACAUAUUGGGGUAUUGCUGUACUCAGACAACAUAGCUGAGUAACAAAUAAAGUAUUAUAAAGCCGUAGCACACAUAAGGUUUGCAAAAUAUACAGUACAAACUCACUGUGUGUGUCAAAAAGGCAGAAAAAAAUGCUUAUUACCAUUACAUUUGAUACAAGCUAAUGGAAAAAUUAUCCAACGCUAAGGUUCAAAAUUUUCCUUUUGAAAUACCCUUGGACGUCUUCUUUACGAAAUAGUAUGCCUUUUUGGGGUAGUUGGAAAAAGCAGCCUGCUAACAUAUUUAAAAAUAGAAUUCGGACCCAUUAAAACUCUCCAUGUAAAUUUCACACUUAAAAACCUGAACUUGUCACGUCUCUUUCACAGCACUGUUCACAAAAUAGUGUCUAGGUCAUACAUUGGGCUUAUUGUUUUACUCAGAAGAGGUAACUGAGCAUACUUAGGGGGAAUUUAUGACAGUGGCACUUAUCAAAUGUAAGAAAUACCCAGUGGAAAUGCAACAUGUAUGUAAAUACAUUUUUUUUUUUUUAACAAAAGUUGAAAUAAAUUGGUGAAAAAAUGGUGGCAAGUUAAGGUAUAAUACAUGCCUAAUAACAUACCCUGGAGUGCCUGCUUUCUCAAAUGAAAGGCCUUUGUGGGGUUAUUUGAACAGUCAAAUGGCUAUAAUGCCACAAAAUCAAACAUAUGACCAUCUAUGAAAAUUCCAACUAUAGAAACUGAAAUAGCUUUGUCUCCUAUAUGGCAUUGUAUCUUCACAGAAUAGGGGCAAACGUAUACAAUGGGGAUAUCGUUGUACUCAGCAGAUGAAGCUGAACACAAUAUGGGCUUCUGUACAGGGAUAGCACGCACUAGGUUUACGAAAUACACAUUACAAAAACCUUGUUAUAUGUGUUUAUGCCAAAAUAGAGAAAAAAUAAAAUUUUACUCCAAUAUUUAGCAGAGGUGGCGGUGAAAUGGCUACGCAAAAAGUGUAAAACUAACCUUAGGUAAAUAGCCUGUGAUGUCUACUUUAUAUAAAUAUAUACUUUUGUGUGGAAAUUUUGUUUCCUGUAAUGGGUAUUAAACUUCCAAGACGAUCAUACCAACUUCUAAAAUUGUUUCACAUUGAAAUUUUAUUUUAGACCUUGUAGUUUGUGACCUGUAACUUUCAAAAUAAACUGAAAUCCUACACAUAUUAUGCACUUUGUAAAUCAAGACACAUAAAUGAAUUGAUUUUGAAUUACUUUUCCUAAGCUGGACAUAUUAUGCACACAUUAUUAUUGCCAAAAGCAUUUUGUGUUUUUUUUUUCCACAUUAUUUAGCAUUUUUUGUAAUAAAUGAGAAUUUUUAUAUGUAUAUGUCACAUCAAAUUAAAGCCCUUUUUGUUGUCUAAAAAAACGGUACAUAAUAUGUGUUGAUACAAUAAAUGAGAGAGAUGCAAAUUGCAGUUGAACACAAACAGCAAAAAAUGCAAAAAUUGCUUGUGUCCUUAAGGGUAUGUCCAGCUUCUGAAGCUGUGUCCUUAAGGGGUUAAACAGUAUUAAUUCCUUAACUCCUAAGUGGCAAAACAAUGAGCAGUGAGCAAUCUAUACAUUAAACCUGCUUAAUUAAAGGGACACUCUAGUCAACAGAACAACUAAAACUUAAUGCAGUUGUUCUGGUGAGUAUAAUAUGUCCCUGCAGGAUUUUUAAUGUAAACACUGCCUUUUCAUAGAAAAGGCAGUGUUUACAUUACAGCUUAUGAACACCUCUAGUGGCCACUCUUCAGACGGCCACUGGAGGUGUUUUCUGGGUCAGUGCGGCACACUGUGCAGCACUGAUAUUCAGCGUCUCCACGCUAUGCAUUGGGACACUGAACUUUCCCCAUAGAGAUGCAUUGAUCUAAUGCAUCUCUAUGUGGAGAUGCUAAUUGACCAGGGCGGCGUUUGGUUCCACCCUGCCUCCUUGGCUGAGAUCAGAUUUGACAAUUUCUGCCAAUCCAAUGCUUUCCUAUGAGAAAGCUGUGACAGAGCUCCUAUACUCAGGCUGAGUUUCUCUGCCAGGUAUCCCUUCUCUCCUUUGGCAAGUGAAAAUGUAAUCCUUGAGUGUAGAAAUUUAUACUUGGUAAAUGUGUGUUACACCCCCCCCAGACUUGCAGUUGAAAGUAACAUAAGUGCUGACUAGUAACUGAUAUUGUGGUAUAAACCUGUAUUUAGUGAAGUUUUCACUAUAAUAAAUAAGAUGUAAUGCAAUAUGGUCCAAUUAGCAUUGUUUUCAUAAGCGUACCUCUGUUUUCUACAAAAACAGUGGUAGGGAUAAUAUGUAUAUUCGCAAACAGCAUUCAGUCUUGCUUUAUCAACCUGUUUUUUUGCCAAAGGCUUAUUUAUGUUUUCAAACCAGUAAAAAAUAAAUUAAAAUCUAUUUUGAAAUAUGUAAGAGACACAUACGCAUUUCUCUUUUUCUUAGUUUCGAGCAAACAGGGUAUAGAAUUACACUGUGAAGUCGCAUAUACUUUUCACAGUUUGCUUUUUUUGUGUCCCUAUAGUUGUGCGCAGUACACCUGGUGGACUCCCAUUACUGCACAGAUCCUGCUAAAUUCAUAUCUGUUCUGUGUACAUCACUCAGCACCAUGCUGCAUAUAGAGUUACCACACAUCAAUGUACUAUCCAAGAUGGACCUUAUAGAACAAUAUGGCAGACUAGGUAAGGCUGGGAAUAUUGGGAAAGUUGGAUUGUGUUUAGUUUGAGAAGACUCUUCUGCUCCAGUGUGUAUGAGGGUAGAAAAUAUGAAAUAUAUUUGAAGGGCUGAAAUGUAUAGCAGGUGUAAGGUUUGUUUGUUUUUUGCCAACUUUAAAUGAACACUAUAAUCACCCAAAUCACUUCAUCUCCGUGAAGUAAUCUGGGUGCAGUGUCCCUGUCCUCUUAACCCUGCAAUGUAAAACAUUGGAGUUUUUGAGAAAUGUUUAUAUUUCAGGGCUAAGUCCACCUCUGGUGGCUGUCAGUAUGAGAUGGACCCAAUACCUCUCUAGACAUGGACACUAGAGCAUAGGAAUACAGAUUUAUAUUCCUAACGCUAUAGUGUUCCUUUAAGGCAGAGGAGAAACAUAAUUACAUUAAUGCCAUUGUACGGGAUAACAGUCCUCUUCCUUCUGCAGCCUUUAACCUGGACUACUAUACCGAUGUUAUGGACCUUUCCUAUCUGGUGGAUCAUCUGACGUCUGACCCCUUCUUUAGACGCCACCGUCGACUUCAUGAAAAGCUGGCUGAGGUCAUUGAGGAUUAUGGACUAGUGACCUUCACACCACUCAGCAUCAAGGUUAGGUGUUUGGAAUGGAGGCGGACAAUUUUGGAUCUGAACAAAUAUAAUUCUUAAUUAAGCACACUGUUAAAGAAGGCAGAGCAUAGUUAAAUUUAGAGGUAGAAAUUAAUGUUUGCAAAGGUAAUUGAGGUUUUUAUAUUCUUUCUUUUUCAGGAUGAGCAAAGCUUGCAGAAAGUCCUAUCUACUGUGGAUAAAGCUAGCGGCUUUUGUUAUGGGGACCAGCAAAGAUCUAUGGGGAACCUCAUGUCUGUAGCUGUGGGAGCGGACUUCCACUUUACUUCGUAUCCUAAUGAAGUUUUCCCAAUUUCCCUUAUCAUUGUGUACUUAUUUAUCAUUCUCUCACUAUCUGUAUAACUUCCUUUUAUGCCACAAAUGUAUUAAUUCCUUAACAUAACUGCUACAGAACAUUGGCAUUUCAGGAGAAGUAUGUGGAACAAGAGAAGCGCACUGUUGAGGAAGAGACCUUAGAUUUGUGACCUACAACCAUCAUAAAUUAUUUUUUUUUUUAAAGGAAAAACUCUUGUUCUGAUACUUGAACAAUGACAUUAGGGAGGCGGGUGUGACACACUGUGUGAAGGAAGAUAUAUUCUAAAGAAGAAGCAGAGAAUUUCCUGUAUUCUCUGAUUGUACAUACAUCACCAGAAGACAUUAAAAUAUAACUGUUUAUUUAUUAAAAAUACUGACUUUGUACAUAACACACAGAACGUGUGUAGUUAAUAUUGCAAUGGAAUAGAAAUUAUGGUUUUUGAUAAGAUACCAAAAAAAACUUUUGUAACGUUUCCUCACUAAACAUACCUAACAAUUAUAUAUGCCCUACAACCUUCUAAAGUAACAAAUUCAAAAGCAGUACAAAUAAGCAAACAGUCCUAAACAUUUUACUGCUAAUAUCUCUGAAAAUGCAUGUUAAACCCUUUAAAGACAAAACUUAUUUUUAUAUAUCUUUUUUUUUUUUAUUUAUAAUUCUUUAUUUUCAAUUUUAAGAGUUACAAGUUGUAAAAUAGGUGCACAUUUAAUACAUUGACGUGUAUGUAUAGAAGGGCUAAACAUUGCAAUUUGAUCCAAAAUACAUAAGCAUCAAACUUUGCUAUUGUAACAGGUAAAAGGUUUAAAGGACCACUCUAGGCACCCAGACCACUUCAGCUUAAUGAAGUGGUCUGGGUGCCAGGUCCAGCUAGGGUUAACCCAUUCUUUUAUAAACAUAGCAGUUUCAGAGAAAC